AAUAUCUCUACAUUAUGCUAUUAAUUAAAUUAUUUACAAAAUUAUCUUAUUAAUUUCGUGUGACAAAUAUUUAUUUUACACGAAUCUUUAGUUUAGACUUAAAAUUCUGCAAUUUUGGAUGAUAUAUUUUACCAGAUCUAAAUCUGUUUAAUAAUUUAUAAUAUGAGAACAUAUUAAUGGUUUUGUAAUAUAAUAAGUUUUUUGAGAAAUUUGUUAAAUGUCAGAUCGUGCUACUGACUCUUCAUAUUCUUAUAGGGCACAGGGUUACGGACCAUCCAGGAAUUCUUCUUCAUACAGGCCUUACGUUAAAAGUGACAAGUCAUUUGGUCGGCAUUCUGAGAACCAUCACGAUAAAUACGCCACUAAACCUUACGAUAAACCCAUGGCUCAUCAACCUCCAACGCCAUACUCUCAACCACCAAACGGGCCAGGACUAAGAUAUCCCCAGGAUCAAAGGUUUCCAGCGGAUCCAAGAUAUGCUCAAGAUUCCAGAUAUGCGCCAUCAGGUGAAAGAUAUCCAGAACAGAGAUCGCCUUAUUCUCAUUCUUCUUAUAGUGGGAAUAGAUCUUAUAGUUCAAACCCACAUGAUUCUGGCUACGGUGGUAGAGGAUAUAAUCACCAGGGCAGACCCGGUCACAAUAGUUUUGGAGGAUCUUAUGGUAGUGAGAACUUAGGAGCUGGAUUACAACCUGUGAACUGGAACCAAAUUGAGUUGGUCAAGUUUGAGAAGAAUUUCUACGUGGAGCACCCUGAAGUUAAGGCCAUGACACAACAAGAGGCUGAUGAGAUUAGAAGAGCGAAGGAGAUAACCGUAGUUCAUGGUAGAGAUGUGCCUAAACCUGUGGUUAAAUUUGAGUACACUUCGUUCCCGAGAUAUAUUUUAAGCUCAAUUGAAGCUGCCGGAUUUAAAGAACCCACCCCAAUCCAAGUUCAAUCCUGGCCCAUCGCUCUCAGCGGUCGUGACAUGAUCGGCAUUGCAGAAACUGGAUCUGGUAAGACGUUGGCAUUUUUAUUGCCGGCGAUAGUGCAUAUAAAUGCGCAGGCGUUAUUGAGGCCGGGGGACGGUCCGAUAGUAUUAGUAUUAGCUCCUACGCGUGAGUUAGCGGAGCAAAUUAAGGAGACUGCGCUGGUAUUUGGUAGAUCAAGUAAAUUAAAGACAAGUGUAGCAUACGGUGGUGUACCAAAGCGGUUUCAAACCAUAGCGUUGAGGAGAGGUGUUGAGAUUUUAAUUGCCUGUCCCGGAAGAUUAAUCGACUUUCUAGAGUCGAGUGUUACAAAUUUAAGAAGAGUAACAUAUUUAGUGUUGGAUGAAGCGGACAGGAUGCUGGAUAUGGGAUUUGAGCCUCAGAUUAGGAAAAUCGUAGGACAGAUUAGACCAGACAGGCAGACUCUAAUGUUCAGCGCAACUUGGCCUAAGGAAGUAAUUGCACUUUCAAGAUCGCUGCUGAGUCAUGAAGUUGUUCAUGUUAAUAUCGGAUCACUAGACCUUACCACUUGCCAUAACAUUGAGCAGAACGUGUUUAUCCUUGAGGAGAGAGAAAAACGCGUCAAACUCAAGGAACUACUAAAAAAACUAAUGGACGGCGGAAAGAUCUUAAUCUUCUCAGAAACGAAGAAAGGAGCUGACACACUUACAAGAGAACUUAGACUAGAUGGCUGGCCAGCACUUUGCAUCCACGGGGAUAAGAAACAGGAGGAAAGGACCUGGGUGCUCAACGAGUUUAAAUCGGGAAAACACCCCAUCAUGAUCGCCACCGACGUCGCCAGCAGAGGCCUUGACGUCCGUGACGUUAAAUACGUUAUCAACUAUGAUUUCCCCGGACAAAUCGAAGAUUACGUACAUCGUAUCGGGAGAACCGGACGCGCCGGAAUGAAAGGAAGUUCGUAUACGUUUUUAACUCCGGAUAAGUUUAAGAGUGCGCGUGAGUUGGUGAAGUUGAUGAGGGAGGCGAACCAGGAGAUCCCUCCGGAAUUACAGAAAUUAGCAAACGAACGUUCAUACGGAACAGAGCAAAGGCGUUGGGGCGGUUAUGGAAGGCCGUUUUCAAAUUCCACUAACCUCGUGCCACUUGGUGGAACGCCAAGAAGCCACAACACAUACUCAAACUAUUAUCCAAGGAGAUAAUUUUAUACUAUACACAUA